AAAAAGAAAGUCUUGUUUUUUUUUCUUUGAGAUAACGCCGUCCCGGUAAAAUGGGAUUGAGUAAGCAGUUCGGCGGGAGUUGACUUAUAUACAGACUCAUCCUCCAGAUUGAGAUCCAAGCCAGUCUGGGCUAAUGGCGGCAUCAUACACGAUACUCUUCUUCUUAUUAUGUUCACUCUCCACUGCUUUUUGUGCCGCUUCCGAUUCUUCUUCUGCUUGCCGCACCGCUGCACAAGAGGUCAUAAUUAGGAUUUGGGUUAAUGGAACUGAAGGCGAGAAUAUUCAAGGCCUAGGUGCAUUAUUUGGUGGCACAUUACCUGUACAUGAGAAAGAAGGGAUUAGACUACCUGCUAUUAUUCCGCAACCCGUAGACUGCUGUUCCAACCUUUCUUCAGAGGUUUUUACUCAACACCAGUUAUCUGGAUCUAUUGCAGUAUGUCAACGCGGGGUCUGUGAUUUCUCAACAAAAGCUGAAGUGGCACAAUCAGGAGGUGCAUCUGGAAUGUUGGUGAUAAAUAGUGAAGCAGAUGGGCUACCUGUGAUGGAUUGUCCCCACACUAAAACCCUUAAUAUCAGUAUUCCAUCUGUGGUCGUCACAAAGUCGGAUGGGGAGGUUCUAAGCAAGGCUUUGGCUGGUGGAAGCAGUGUGGAAUUACUACUUUAUGCACCUGUUCGUCCAGUGCUGGAUAUGUCAGUGCUAUUUUUAUGGUUUAUGGCUGUUGGGACCGUAACUUGUGCUUCACUUUGGAAAGGCUUAACAGUAUGCGAUAAAAUUGAGGGGAGCUAUAGCCAACUGUCACAGAAGGAAUCCUCAGAGACCGAUGAAGAUGAUGAAGAAGUUGUUGAAAUUAAUGUGAUGAGUGCCGUUGUUUUCGUCAUCACAGCAUCCACAUUUCUGCUUCUGCUGUAUUAUUUUAUGUCAUCUUGGUUUGUGUGGUUGCUGAUUGUACUUUUCUGCAUUGGUGGUAUCCAGGGAAUGCAUAAUUGUGUAGUAUCUCUUGUGUUAAGUAAAUGGAGAAACUUGGGGAAAAGAAAAGUGAAUGUUCCGGUAUUCGGAAAUGUCUCUAUUUUCUCUUUAAUUGUUUUGGUCUGCUGCUUUGCAUUUACGGUUUUCUGGGCUGCACAUCGGAAGGCAUCAUAUUCUUGGAUUGGACAAGACAUUCUUGGUAUCUUUUUGAUCAUAACAGUUCUGCAAUUGGCUCAGUUACCAAAUAUAAAGGUCGCUACUGUGCUUCUUUGCUGUGCUUUCCUUUAUGACAUCUUUUGGGUUUUUCUGUCUCCUGAAAUAUUCGGCAACAGUGUUAUGAUUGCAGUUGCUGAAGGUGAUAAUAGUGGCGGGGAAUCUAUUCCAAUGCUUUUGAGAGUCCCUCGGUUUUUUGAUCCUUUUGGUGGAUAUAACAUGAUUGGAUUUGGGGACCUUGUGUUCCCCGGUUUGCUUGUUGCAUUUUCUCUGAGGUAUGACAAUGAAAAGAAGAAAGGUCUGGCAAAUGGAUAUUUUCUAUGGUUGAUUGCUGGCUAUGGACUAGGCCUUCUUUUCACUUACCUAGCUUUGUAUUUAAUGAACGGCCAAGGCCAACCAGCUCUUUUGUAUCUCGUUCCAUGUACUCUAGGAACGAUUGUGAUAUUGGGUUGGGUAAGAGGUGAAUUAAAAGACCUCUGGAAUUACAACGUAGAGGAUCAGUCGCCAACUAAUAAUAGUUCGGGAAGAAGCUCGACAGAUAAGGUUGAUGGUGUCUCUGAGACGAAUGAUAUCGAGGUGCAGAGUCCUUUAUCUAUGUAAAAAUGUUUGUUAUAUCUUUGGCAUACACCAAAGCUGAAUAGAGUAGAGAACAAUGUAAGACAAAGAAGCACGAUUUACAGCUUGGACUUCCAUUGUAGCCUGACCCUGUAUUAAGCAAACUAUUUAUAAGGCAACUUUGGAGAACCAUAUAUAUUAUUGAUACUAUUAGUAUGUUUA